AUAAAAUCCUAAUAAUAAGAUUUUGAAUUACAUGUUAUAGUAAACUUUAAAAUAUCAUGCGAAUAUCAUAAUCAUCGAAUAAAAAUGGAUGUAGAGACUGAAACUUACUACCUUUGCAUGCUAUGUGUCCAGCUCGAAUGCAAAGGCAAUUUAAUCCAAUUACAAGCAGACGAAGAGGUGUUACACAAAACUAUGGCAAAAUUAUCACGUUUAAACAUUUGGUACGAUUAUGGCGAAAUAUUUCCGAAAUAUGUUUGUCAAUCGUGUAACGAUAAUGUUGAUAAAGCCUUUGAAUUCGUUUCAAAAAUUGAAAAAGCCCACAAAACUUUAUUUGAUCUUUAUACAAAUAAAAACAACUGCAUAAUAGAGCAAGAUUCUGAUAUUUCAGAAAAUGAAAAAGACAUAAUUUUAAUUUCGGAAAAUGAAGAUCAUGAUAUUAAUGAAGACCAACAAUGUUAUGUUUUAGAAAAUAAUCAAUUUUCUGAUGAUCAACAGAAUCAUGUUUUGGAUCUUCAACAGAAUGGUUGUUUGGAACAUCAACAGGAAGAUAUUUCUGAAUACCAACAGAUUGAAAUUUUGGAACAUCAACAGAGUGCCAUUGCAGAACAUAUGGAUCCUAUUAGAGAUAAAUCUGAUUGUGGUUCAGCAGUAGACUUUGAAAUGAACCCUCAAUCUUCAGACAACAACUCCAUUAUCUCGGAGAACUCUAGUUGGCUUAAUAUUUCCUGUAAUACAAACAAUAGCGAGAGCACAUACACAAGAUUAACCUGGAAUGAUUACCUAUGGAGCUGUUCUAUAUGUGAAACACAGUUUUCUACCAUUGAAGAGCUAAAACUACAUUCAAUGCAAUUCCACCACAUAUGUAAUGCAUUAAAAUGUCAUCAUUGUAACAUAACAAUAUUAUCUUUAAAUGAAUUAAUUGUACAUGUUCAAUCACAUAAUGAACAUCUUAAAUUUAUGUGCUACAAAUGUAAUUGUAAUUUUUCAAAUACUCCUGAACUAAAUAAUCAUAUAGAAAUAGAACAUGGCUCUAAAACACAAUAUGUAUGUCCUGGCUGCAAUACUGAUUAUGAAAAUUCAGAAAAAUUACAAGUUCAUAUGGAUACAUACUAUAGAGGAAAACAAUCAAAACAUGUACCUAAAGAGUUGGUCUCUAACCAAAACAGCUUGUCCUGUGAAAUUUGUAAAAAGUCAUUCAAAAACAAGCAAUUGCUCAACAAUCAUUUAUCUAUACAUACAAAAGAACAUAUGUGUGAUAAGUGUGGUGAAGGUUUUUUCAGUAAAAAACAAUUAAAAUCCCAUUCAAUAUCACAUGAAGAGAAACUAUCACAUGAGUGUAGUGUAUGCAAGAGUAGUUUUAAAACAUUGCAGCAUUUAAAAAAUCAUAUAGCCGUACAUAGUAGCGAGAAGCCUCAUAAGUGUGAUCAGUGCGGAAAAGAAUUCCGUUUAAAAAAACAACUCAAUUCACAUAUUAUAAUACACAACAACUCACUACAAUAUGACUGUAUGUAUUGUGACAAAAAGUUUAGGUUGAAAACUAUUCGAGACCAACAUAUAAGGCAACAUACCGAAUUCAAACCAAAUACAACUGAAAUCUGUGCUAGGGGUUCUAAAUAUAACAAACAUAUGAAAAGGCGUCAUGAUUUGAAUAUGGCCAAGAAAAAAAGGACACCAGAAGGUGUGUAUCCAAAUAAUCCAUCUACAGGUAAAAUAAUAAAGUGCAAAGGAAAGGAAAAGGAAACUCUGGAACCAAAAAAUAGGAAUGGUAAAGGUAAAGCUAAGAGGAUGUCAUAUAGCACUAAACAAAAAUAAUAAUAAACAAUGAUUUAGUUGAUACCCGAUAUUUAAUCUGAAACAAAACUUCUGGUGGACUCCAGUGGUCAGUUAAAUAAAGUCUUAGUAAUACAAUAAAUUAUUUCUUACUCAGUUUGUAUUAUGAAUCCUAUACAUCAUUUUCAUCAUAAAACUACGAUUAGCAAUAACAAUUGCAUUGGUAUUGUUAAUCAGAGCCAAAAAAUCUUAGUCUCUGGAUUAGAACCUUCACC